UUUGUAUUGUAACGUAACAGAUGCGAUGUAUUGUAGUAGUUUUUACCAAAGGAGCGGCGUUUUCGGCGUGAACAACAGUUUUGACGCCAAGCCGAAAAAUCAUAAAAGUAAACGAGACUCCAGCGGGAAGGAACCACUUUUCUUGCUUUUGGGAAGAGCAGUCGAGCUUAUCUUCUUCUGACGUUGAUGUGGCAACGUUUCUUUGUUAUUCUCAUUUUUUCUCGGGCAACCAAUGCGAAACGUUUGGCAUGUUACGGGCGAGCACUCUCCAAUACAGUUUAAAGUCUCUUGGGCAUAAACACUCGACAUUUCGUCGUGUCAUGCAAAUAUCCACAAAAUAUUUGCUCAAUACUAAAGGAAAGGCGCUCGAUAUCUUCUUUAAUUCCCUAUAUCAGUUUCUGCGGGUAUGUUUGCACCAUUUCUGGCUGAGGUGGGCGAAGGUGUACAACAAACAAAAGCAAGGUGAGCAGUUGUCGCGAGAGCAGAUUAGAAAAUGAUGUCCGAAAUCACCGAAGAAGAUUUAUAUUUUAGCAGUUCUGCCUCAGAUACCGACGAAACGAAUUUCAAGUCUUGGCGGCGAGAAGAGACGACUCCAAAAUGUUCGCUGGUUUACUUUAUACUAGGAAUUGCCCUUACAGCCCCUUUCGUCACAUUUGUUUGUGGUGCGCAAGAUGUGUUAGCUGGGACGGAGAAACCGACAGGGCUCGUGAUUAUAGCUCUGACAGCUCCGUCGUGUGUUUUGAAGAUUGUGUCGCUUUGUUUCCAGCACGUUUCACAAAUAGCGAGGAUCUUCGUUGCCUCUGGCUUUGUGGUAGUAGGACAGUUGUGUGCAGUUUUCAUUCCUCACCUCAGCGGACGUUUGGCUGGGGUUUGUUUGAUUUCUGUGGGAACCGGCAUUGGAGAAAUAAGCUUGCUUAUACAGACUGCAAGAGAACUGGAAGAAAUCGCUUUGUGUUCACUGCUGGUAGGCACUGGUGUUGGUGGAGUUUUUGGAGCUGCUUCAUAUGUUGGAUUAACAGUCUGGGCUAUUGUGGAUCCACGGACAGCAGUACUUGUGUCGGCGAUAUGGCCGCCAAUAUUGCUUCUGGUAUUCUCCAUUUCUCGAGGUAAUCUUCACCUUUUCCGCCGCCCACAGGGCAAGAGGUACUUUUCUAAGCUUGAGCGGCGCAAGUUUGAAAUGGACUGUCGUUUAACUCCUCGCUGGAAAGAAAGACUUGCAGGUAUGUGGAAUUCCUUCCAUCACAUGCUGAUUUUGUUUAUGGUGUACUUCGGCGAGUAUAUAAUUCUUUCGGCCAUUCUGACCACGUUGGUAUUCGAGGACGCUGGCGUGGGCCCUGAAUUUGCUCCUCGGGGACAUUUUGAGCAUUACGUUCUCAGCACCAUGGUCGGCGAGUUCCUUGGUCGAAGUUUCAUCUCCAUGCUCCGCGCCAUUGCUCCCGGAUUCUUCUUCACUGCUGCUCCUAUCCUUGCUUUUUUCCCUCUGGCUGAAACUAUUUUCCUGGUCCUUGCCACUUGGUUUCGUCUUGUUCCAGCUGUAUGGAUCGUUUGGUUGUUGUGUUUUAUCCAGGGCACGGCCUGUGGGAUGAUAUUCUCUAAUUCGUACCACACCAUUUCAAGAAGGUUCUUCUCCCAGCACAUAAUAUUCAUCGUCACGCUUGCGUCCAUACUAGAAACCGCUGGUAUUCUGACCGCAGGCCUGCUUGGCAUUCACAUAGAGACGUUGUUAAAGGAACAUUGCAUGGUUCACGUGGGAAAUAAAUCCGACUGCUUCACAAGAAGCAUGGACGUUAGCUUCUGGGAAUAUGGAAAUAGGUUUAAUUACGAUAGUAAAACUACAGUGUCACUAUAGCUGACAGAGACUUCUCGCGUGAUUUCAAUCUCGUAACCAAGAUGUUAAUAAUGUCUUUUACACAAAUGAAGAGGUGUUUUGAAGACAAUAAUUCUAAAUUUAACUCCUUUAGGGUGGAAGGUCUUUUCAAAUACUGUUAAAAUUCUAAUACUUGAAUAUCAAAUGAGAGAGAUUAGUAGCGAUAUAUAUACAGGGCGCUGAAACUGCAGUUAAUUAUAGUUGUUGACAGUACCAAGUAAAGACAGUAAGUGUAGUGUCAUAAGAAUGAAAAACUCUGUAAAUUCGCACUCACUGUUAUUAGCCACGUGAAGAUCAGACCUUAUGCGUCCGAUGGCGCGAUGAGGACUGAUGAUGAUGAUGAUGAUGAUGAUGAUGAAGAUGAAGAUCACGAGAAAUAGUCCAGGGUGGUUAAUUGGGCUCGCCCCCUCGCCCAA